ACUGCAUUUACAGAACCACAACGCCUGCACAAGCAAUUCCCGCCCACCCCUCUGCAGUCCUCGUUCACCUCGGCCUACGGUGAUCCUGCUUCACUUCUUAUCCGCGCUAAUUCUCCUUCACUUUUCCCCAAACCACCUGUUUCUCUUAAGACCACCUUUUCGACCCAUUCUGCAACUACCUGUACAAAAGAGAGGCCUACAGUGGCUUCUUUAUCACGAGUACACGAUCCUAUUAAGAAGACGCAGGUUACUAUUCCUCCUGCCUUGACGCCUCGCGUUCGUCAGUUUCACGAAAUCCACGGACCUGGAUCAGUAAGCGAAUCAAACCCGCACUGGCUUUUAUUAUUUACCCAAAUUUUAGAUUAUACUUUAUGCCAAUGUAUGGAUGUUUCUUUCGUAUUUCGGUUUUAA